UUUGUAGGAGGGCUUGCCAGAGAGGAAUGCUGGGAGAGAGCCUGGCACCGGCAAGAAGGGAACUGGGGACCCAGCUCUAAGAAACCGAGAGAGACAGCAGCGCCAAAGGCCGCAGGAGUUGCAGCAAAGGGCACAGGGAUACUGGUCUCCAUGGCUGGGGAGGCUGGGGAGAAGGAGCUCUGGCGGAGGCCUGCUAUCCAGGACGCCUUGGGCCUCCAGGACAGCGUGUUCGCCUCCGAAAAUGACAACAGCUUGUACUUCACCUACAGUGGCCCGUCCAAUACCUUGGAGGUCCGAGACCUCACCUACCAGGUGGACACGGCCUCGCAGGUGCCCUGGUUUGAGCAGCUGGCUCAGUUCAAGAUCCCAUGGCUGUCCCACAAGAACCAAGACUCAGGAGAGAAUGGUAUCCAGAACCUGAGCUUCCGCGUGCGGAGUGGGCAGAUGCUGGCCAUCAUCGGGAGCUCAGGCUGUGGCCGGGCCUCGCUGCUGGAUGUCAUCACUGGCCGAGACCACGGUGGCAGGAUGUGCUCAGGCCAAAUCUGGAUCAACGGGCAGCCCAGCACCUCCCGGCUGGUGAGGAAGUGCGUGGCCCACGUGCGCCAGCACGACCAGCUGCUCCCCCACCUCACUGUCCGGGAGACCCUGGCCUUCGUCGCGCAGAUGAGGCUGCCCAGAAGCUUCUCCCAGGCGGAACGUAACAAAAGGGUGGAAGAUGUGAUCGCGGAGCUGCGGCUGCGGCAGUGCGCGGACACCCGCGUGGGCAACACUUACGUGCGCGGGGUGUCGGGGGGCGAGCGCCGGCGCGUCAGCAUCGGGGUGCAGCUGCUGUGGAACCCGGGGAUCCUCAUCCUGGAUGAGCCCACCUCAGGCCUCGACAGCUUCACGGCCCACAACCUGGUGCGGACCCUGUCCCGGCUGGCCAAGGGUAACAGGCUGGUGCUCAUCUCGCUACACCAGCCGCGCUCUGACAUCUUCAGGCUCUUCGACCUGGUCCUCCUUAUGAGCUCGGGCACCACCGUGUACCUGGGGCCCGCGCAGCACAUGAUCUCAUACUUCACAGCCCUCGGCUACCCCUGUCCCCGCUACAGCAACCCCGCGGAUUUCUAUGUGGACUUGACUAGCAUCGACAGACACAGCCAGGAGCAGGAAGUAGCCACCAGAGAGAAGGCCCGGUCCCUCGCAGCCAUGUUUCGAGAGAAAGUGCGCGACUGUGAUGACUUUAUGUGGAAGGCCGAGGCGAGGGAGCUCGAUGUGGGCACCUGCGUGGCUAGCCCGACCCCCCCCUGUGACAACAGCUGCCAGACUCCAUCAGAGCCCCCCGGGGUGCUGCAGCAGUUCGCCACCCUGACCCGCCGCCAGGUUUCCAGCGAUUUCCGAGACCUGCCAACCCUCCUCAUUCACGGGGCGGAGGCCUGCUUGAUGUCCCUGAUCAUCGGGUUCCUCUACUAUGGUCACGGAGACAACAAGCUCUCCUUCAUGGACACCGCGGCCCUCUUGUUCAUGAUCGGUGCACUAAUCCCAUUCAACGUGAUCCUGGAUGUUGUCUCCAAAUGUCACUCGGAGCGGGCAAUGCUGUACGCAGAGCUGGAAGACGGGCUCUACACCACUGGUCCCUAUUACUUUGCCAAGAUCCUUGGCGAGCUGCCCGAGCACUGCGCCUACGUCAUCAUCUACGGGAUGCCCACCUACUGGCUGGCCAACCUGCACCCGGAACUCCUGCCCUUUGUGCUGCACUUCCUGCUGGUGUGGCUGGUGGUCUUCUGCUGCAGGGCCAUGGCCCUGGCUGCCGCCGCCCUGCUGCCCACCUUCCACAUGUCAUCUUUCUUCUGCAACGCCUUCUACAACGCCUUCUACCUCACGGGGGGCUUCAUGAUCAACCUGAAGAACCUCUGGACAGUGCCCUCGUGGGUCGCCAAGGUGUCCUUCCUGCGGUGGUGUUUCGCAGGGCUGAUGCAGGUCCAGUACAAUGGGCGCAUCUAUACUGUGCAGGUGGGAAACUUCACGUUCUCAGUCCCAGGAGAUAAGAUGGUCAGUGACAUGGACCUGAACUCGCACCCUCUCUAUGCCAUCUACCUCAUCCUCAUCGGCAUCAGCGGCGGCUUCCUGUUCCUGUACUAUGUGUCCCUAAGGUUCAUCAAGCAGAAGUCCAGCCAAGACUGGUGAUUUGCGUCCCCACUCGUCCCACCGCACUUGCUCCUCUCUGGAGCUCCUCCCUGGGACAGCGAAGGCGCCGAUGCUCGGCUUCAUCCGGCCCCUGGCGCUGCAGUGGCACAGGUCAGCCACAGGAUGGCAGUAGAAUAAAGACAGUUGAAAAGGAUUUCUGCUCUCUGCUCACCGGCCAGAGCUCGUGACUGCCAGAGCCAGAAAACCCACUGGGUGCAGCCUACAGUGUUGCUAAUCUAUUUCCUUUGGGUCUUUAUACAGGCAGCUCAGUGUAGGAUGGGAGCAAAUCAGCUAUGAACUGAGCACCUUGGCUCGGCAGGAAGUGAUAGAACCUAGAGAAAAUGGUAACAAGGGCAAAAUGUUUAGCCUCAUUUCUACCGUCCCCUCCCUGCACUCUGCUUAGCAGCUCUAGUAGCCUAAAACAUCCCAGUGUGAUCCCAUCUCUUCUUUUUGUAUGGGUUCCAAAAACCAACACGAACAAUUAAAACUUUAUUGAGCCUCUAUUUUGAACAUCCACUUAUCCUCAGUAUAACCCUUGGAGGUAAGCAGUGUCCCAUUUUACAGGUAAGGAGACUGAGGCACAGGCAAAUUCAGUUUGCCAAGCUCACAUAGCUACUGGGCAGCAAAGUCACACAGGGAUCAGAAGUGUUUGAGAUCUACAAAGUCAGAGGGCAGGGUGAGGCCUGAGCCGCCAAGUCUUCCAUUGCGGGACAGAUUCACAGAGCCUGUGCCGGCUCGGCCGAGCCUCAUGAUGGCAUCUCAGUGGCCCUGGCUGGGUCUCAAGACCAGUCUUGAACCUCUCACGUGGCCAGAGGAUGUGGUGCGACAGGUGGGAAUAUCACAGCGAUGGCACUGGUCCUUCUGGGGCAUCCUGCCGGGCCUCACGCUUCCCCACGUCCUCUUGCCUUGCCUCUUGGUUGAAGGCUGUCUGCCAGGCUCUCCACAGUCAAGUCACAGUUCUCGCUACUUUGUGGCAAAAGCACUAUUAAUAAGCAUUCUGUGGAGAGGCACCUGGAAAGUAUAAUUGCACACUCCUCAUCCAGAUUUCCAUUUAUUCAUUUUUUUAUUGCUACCAAUAUAGAUUUUUGCUUCCUAUUUUAUUCAAUGUAUCCAAAUCCUUUGCUAUUUUUUUUUUUUUUUUUGAGACAAAGUUUCAAUAAGUAGUCUAGGCUGGCCUUGAACUAAUGAUUCUCCUUAGUCUUUGUCUUUCAAGUGUCAGGAUUGUAAGUGUCCCCCCACCCCCA